GCACGGUAGCAAGACUGCAUAAACAUGCCUUUCCUCAGCCCGAAAUCGCUGGCCUCGCUGCUGGAGUCCGCCGUGUCUGCUCACUCCUCCCUUCUGGGCCGGGCUGCCCAUGCUCAGGUCAUCAAAACUCUGGGCCUAGCUCUGGAUGCGUUCCUCUCGAAUCAUCUCAUCAACAUGUAUUCCAAGCUCGACCGCCCCGAAACGGCCCAAACCAUCCUCUCCCUCACCUCGCCCCAUUUCCGCUCCGUCGUCACCUGGACUUCGUUGAUUUCCGGAAAUGUCCAAAACGGUCAUUUUGCCUCUGUGCUCUCCUGUUUUUCUUCUAUGCGCCAAGAGUGCAUCCAGCCUAAUGAUUUUACGUUUCCUUGUCUGUUUAAAGCGGCAACAUCACUUCACUCACCUAUUCUCGGCCAACAGUUUCACGGGCUUGCCAUUAAACUAUUUUUUAUCGAUGAUGUGUUUGUCGCGUGCAGCGCGUUUGAUAUGUACUCGAAGACUGGUUUUUUGACUGAGGCGAGCAAAAUGUUUGAUGAAAUGUCGUAUAGAAAUAUUGCUACGUGGAAUGCCUGUAUUUCCAAUGCGGUCCUUAAUGCGAAUCCUCGGGAGGCGAUUCGCAAGUUCGUCCAACUUUUACGUGAUAGUGAGGCUGCCCCGAACUCGAUUACUUUUUGUGCUUACUUGAAUGCAUGCUCUGAUGGUGCGUUAUUGAUGCAAGGGCAACAGCUGCAUGGGUAUUUGAUUAAAGGAGGGCAUGAGGCUGACAUUUCGGUCUUAAAUGGGUUAAUUGAUUUUUAUGGGAAAUGCCAGCAAGUUGGGUUUUCAGAGAAAGUUUUUGAUAAGAUGAGUGAGCGUAAUGGUGUUUCUUGGUGUUCGAUGUUGGUGGUAUAUGAACAGAAUGAUAUAGGAGAGAAAGCCUGUGAGGUGUUUCUGCAGGCAAGGAGAGCAGGGGUUGAGCCAAGUGACUUUAUGGUUUCAAGUGUGCUCAGUGCAUGUGCGGGGUUAGCAACACUUGAAGCAGGGAGAGUGGUUCAUGGUCUGGCAGUAAAGGCUUGUAUUGAUGAGAACAUUUUUGUUGGGAGUGCGCUGGUCGACAUGUAUGGGAAGUGUGGGAGUAUUGAGGAUUGUGAGAGAGCUUUCUUCAUGAUGCCUAGGAGAAAUUUGAUUUGUUGGAAUGCAUUGAUUGGUGGAUAUGCUCAUCAAGGACUUGCAGAUAUGGCAUUGAAGUUGUUCAAGGAGAUGACUAAUUGCACGGGUUCUGAGGGGUUGCUGCCUAACUAUGUAACUUUUGUGUGCGUGUUAACUGCUUGCAGUAGGGGUGGUAUGGUGAAUGUGGGAAUGAAUAUCUUUGAGUCAAUGAGGGGCAAGUAUGGGAUUAGUCCUGGGGCUGAGCAUUAUGCAUGCAUUGUGGACAUGUUAGGACGAGCGGGGCAGGUGGAACAUGCUUAUCAAGUUAUAAGCCAAAUGCCAUUUCGUCCUACCAUUUCAAUAUGGGGAGCUCUAUUAGGUGCUUGUAAAAUGCAUAGCAAAUCAGAACUGGGAAAGAUAGCAGCUGAAAAUUUAUUUGAACUUGACCCGCAAGAUUCUGGAAAUCAUGUUCUCCUAUCAAAUAUGUUUGCUGCUGCAGGCCAGUGGGAUGAGGCAAAUCUUGUGAGGAAGGAGAUGAAGGAUGUGGGGAUUAAGAAGGGGGCUGGAUGUAGUUGGAUAUCUGUUAAGAAUUGCAUCCACGUUUUUCAAGCAAAGGAUACAUCGCAUAGUAGAAAUUAUGAGAUUCAGGCAAUGCUAGCCAAAUUAAGGAAAGAUAUGAAGGCUGCUGGAUAUAUUCCUGAUACCAAAUUGGCUCUAUACGAUCUAGAGGAUGAAGAGAAAGAAUUAGAAGUCUGGAACCACAGUGAGAAGAUUGCACUUGCAUUUGGCCUUAUUGCCCUCCCUCCGGGAGUCCCUAUCAGGAUAACAAAAAAUCUUAGAGUCUGUGUGGAUUGCCAUAGUGCAAUAAAGUUCAUAUCAAGGAUUGUUCACCGAGAAAUCAUAGUUAGAGACAACAAUCGAUUUCAUCGUUUUAUGGAUAACCAAUGCUCUUGUGGUGAUUAUUGGUAAACAUGUGGAUGGAUUUUGCAGGCGAACACCUACCUCAGUCAGUAGCAAGCUUUUGAAGAAAACCAUUCUUGUUGAAUCUUUACGGUCAGCUUACGUAAGUUAUUCAAAUUUGUCCCUGUAUCCAUCAGAGCUGCCCAAGAAAAUGGCUUGCUUAAGUUUCAAACGAUACCGCUAGGGGAGUAAUCUAAAGUCCUUCCCUCCAUUGCUUACGGAGACGGCAAAUCCAGAGAGUGCUUAAGUUCAUAAGCGUGUUUGGCAACAUAAAGAGAGCUUGUAGAGGACAUACGGCUUUGUGCCCGCAACAUUAUAUUCUCACGACUUUUUAUCAUUGAAACAUUGUUGAUUAGCUAACGCGCAGUAUGGGAAACCUAGAUGAUGUCAAGUAUAAUGGAGUGAAAUUGAUAUUUUGUACCCCAUGAUUGAUCCUAUCAACCUUAUCUCCGCCUCUCAAACAAAGACUUAAUUGCUGAAGGGACAACUGCACUUUGAGGUGCUCACCACAUGUCCAGAUGCAUGGUUCUUUGCAAUCCUACCUAGGAAGAAAGCAAACUGUUCCAUCCAGACAGUGAUGACAAAUCAUCACCAUGUUGUCCAGCUCGUUUUUCGAUGAUCCGUACUCAACAAGCACACUGGAACAACUCUUCAGGGGCUGCUGCUACAGAUUCUCAGGUCAGCACACACAGCAGCAAUCUUGCUCCAUUUUUGCUCUCAUGCCAUUCUGAAAAUUGAGGACUUUUACGCAUUGCCCAUUUAAUGGAAGCAACGGUGAUGUCUGAAACAAUCACUGGAAUGUAACCUAAGCUUGGCUAUAAGGUUACUCAAUUUUCUGAGGUCAUAGAAUCGCUACAUUUAUGAUAUUGCAGCAAUGAGACAAAUAAAACUCAUGGACUUCGACAUAUCAUCUUGAUAAAUUUUACUAGCACGAGUAUUUCCUGUUUGUAAACUGAUUCACUGUGGUGGAGUUAUUCAACAUGUGUGGAGAAUACGAGUUCCUCUAUGGCUUGAUGAGCAUCAUGUUGAGUUGCUUUUCAGUUGGUGGUUUUCCUCUGAUUAGAGAUAUAUAUGAAAUGCAGUCUAAGGCUUACUGUCAAAGAUUGUUUAAACCAUAUAGCCUAAUCAGUUUACUGAUUCCACAUUAGUUACCCUUCAUACUACAUGAGUGUACUACUGACCAGUGUGUUCAAGAAGCUCAACAGACAGCAAUCGUUGAUCGUUUGAGGCAGUGAAGCUCCAAGAACACCUAUUGAAACUGAAAGCCCAAUAUUUAUGAUAAUCUCUUCUUCUUCAACACAAACAAAAAGGCCAACAGGUGAUGUGCAGCCAGCUCGUUCUAGCUUGGGACAAACGGGAAAAGAUUGUUAUGAUGCUCCAAGGCGAUCAAUACAGAUGAUUAUAUACAGGUUCUUUUGGGGAGAAGAUAAGCUCAUGUAUGCAAGGUCAAGAGGUGAUUUCCUGAUUAUUGCAUUGCAUAAACCUUAUGGAAGCUGAAAUUCCAUGAUGCAAUUGAAAAAUCAAGAUGCAUGGAAGUUGAAAUUGCAUACCUGAGAAGGAGCAAGAACAUCUGCAUUGUCUUAAUCUUGGUUCCUCCCACUUUUUAAUUUGUUGUUCUAAUCAUGGGGGUAAUUUCUUAUCCUAAUUUCAAGCAUUAAACCUUCCCUAAGUGCUAUUUUUACGAAAUUUUUGGAAUUUUAUACACUAUAUGUGGAACCAUAUUGGAUAUGUUAGUUGUAUCCAAUAGUGUUUGAUGUAAGGGAAAAUGUAAACUUGUAUGUCAUCCAAGAUAUAUUUGUAAUAUAAUGCUUAUUUAAUAGCUAA